AUGCCUACCGUCCUUCUCACCGGUAUAACCGGCUUUCUUGCCGCUCAUAUAGCCCACUCCUUCCUCAAACACGGCUGGACAGUCCACGGCAUCCUUCGCUCCAACUCCAAACGCGCUGCUGUCGAGGCCGUACCAGAAUACGCCCCUUACCUCGCUUCGGGCCGCCUCAAGCUUUUCGCUGUCGGGCCCCUCGAAUCUGCUGAUUGGAGAGCCGCAAUUGAAGGUGUUGACUCGGUGGUGCACACGGCCUCGCCCGUGGUUUUUGGUCAAGAUGACUUUAGGGAGAAUCAUCUGAAGCCGGCGGUGGAUGGUACGAAGGGCGUGCUUCAAGCCGCGGCGAAGGAGGCUGGUAUCAAGUCGGUCGUUCUUACAAGCUCCAUCGGCGCUGUGGGUGAAUGGCGGUACCACCCCACCGAGCUCAAAGGUCGCACUUUUACAGAGGAUGACUGGAAUCCGUAUACGCUCGAACAUAACCCCGUCUUCCCUCCCGGUAUGCUCUUUUACAUGGGUAGUAAGAAAUACGCCGAGCUUGCAGCUUGGGACGCUCAGAAAGAAGCAAAGGCCCAAGGCUCACAUUGGAGUCUGGCGACUAUGAACUGUGUGUUGAUCUGGGGUCCUCCAAUCCAACCACUUUCAUCUCUUUCGCAAGGGGGCAUGUCUACUGAAUUCAUGUGGAUGCUUGCCGGCGGCAAGGAUAAGCCUAUCAUGUCAUCUCUCAUCCCCUACUAUGUUGACGUACGCGACGCUGCUGAAGCUCAUUAUGAAGCCGCCGUCCGACACGCUCAAGGGCGGUUUCUCAUAUCUGCUGGUCAUUACGAUUUCCAAGAAUACGCCGACAAACUUCGAGAUUUCUACCCCGCCCAAGCCGACCGUUUUGCACUCAGCUCCCCCGGGAAAUACAUGUACCAAGAUCCCGGAGUGUACGAUGUUUCGAAUGAGAAGAGUAAGAGAGAGUUGGGAAUGACUUAUCGACCUCAUGACGAGACGUUGAAGGACACGUUUGAUAGAUUUUUUGAGCUUGAAAAGCAGGGUUUGCAGUAA